AUGACGAGCGGCGUGGUCAUAGCCACGGGCGAAUCGCUCGGUAGACGACACAACUCACACAACAACCUUGUUGCUUCAUCCGACAACGUCUCUGAAUGGCUUCAUCAAUCGUCACACGACAACACGCCAAAAGCACAAACAGGCUUUGCUACAUCUCACGAAACCAUUCACCGUCAGGACAGCUUCGCUAGCCUCACCGACGGCUUUGACAUUGUCUCACCACCUGCACUCAGCUGGUCGAAUACGGCAGAGAGCAAAAUCAUGGGGCUAAACAACGCCGACGACUAUCUCUGUGACUUCGUCGAGCAUUCCAUUGACCUAAAGACGACCGUCACCGAAACUCUGCACGUUGACGACUUCUUCAAUGACUCAACCUCAGCCUCAAGCAGCCCUUACACAGGCACCACUAUCAACCUUCCUGGCUGGAACCACGGUCCCGAGAUCGCAUCCGGCUUCAACUCUGAUGCAGACUCACCUGAAGGCAUCUGGUAUGGUCAUACACAAGCCAUUAACUCAAAGACCGCUCGCAGAGGCCCGAACGUACCCAGCUUUGCUUUUAACAUUGAGCAUUCCGAGCUGGCUGCCUCUCCUGGCGCACCCACUUCUCUUGAAUUCGACACUCUCAACCCUCCAUCGUCCACAUCGCCCAACGAGAGCCAAGGCUUGCUCGGUGCACCCGCUCGUACUUUGAGGUCUUGCAUUAGUGCACCGCUGUUGCAGCGAGACGACCCUGUGCUGGAGGCUGCGGGGACACAAAACCUGAUCAACGACUAUUUUAUCGAUGUUGGGUUCCCUCAAGAUCGCAUUCCUGAGACUAACGCUCUGGGACUCGAACUUGGUCCUCAGUCCAGCGUGGUCAACAGCCCGGCUCAAGAUGGGUUGAUCAACGAUGUCUCGCUUAGCACGGGCAGCGAUGGGCUCCACGUACAAACCGAGCUGGCAGGUGGCAACACCAGCGUCGCUCAGUCUUCUGCUCUGUUCCAGCGUCGUGCUGUUCAGCGAGAGCUGCAUGCCCCUGCUCCAGUUGCUGUCCCUGCCGCUGUCGAAGGCUCAACUGGUGACCGAACAAUCGAAGUGGCUCCGGGACGCACCGUUACAGUCAACAACCCAGCAGAGUCGACCCUCGACCCCGAAAAGAUGACCGACGAGCAAAAACGUCGACUUUUCCAGCUUCAUCAGACCCACGUUGCCCAGCAAGCAGCCCGUCUUGGCGUCUAUCAAGACUUUGUUACCCCUUCACAGCAAUUUGCGGGUCAGGAAGCCAGCGAGCGCGCUGCAAAAACCGUGCAAGCGGCAUUGAUGUAUGGCAUGGAAGGUAACUCCCCACGCAAGCUCAGUGUAGGCUCUACGGGUCUUCUCACACCUGUUACUCCACAGCACCCUUUGCAGCCUGGUCCCAGCAGUGGUGGUGCCGGUAAUGCGUACCAUCCUCACCUGCAGUACAUGCCCGAUAUGCAGAUGCAAGGCUACCCAGCGGGCGCGAAGUUCGAUCCUAGGAUGCCUGGCAUGCCACUGAGUGCGGACUCGGCCAGCUUUGCACCAAGCAUCCAGAAUCAGUUCUCAAAUUUGCAUCUUGCUCAACAACAGCAGGCGCAGGCGCAGGCGCAGCAAGGUCAGGGAGUAUUCACGCCGCAAUUUUUGCAUCAGAAUGACACGACGCUGUUCGCAGGACAAGGCAUGGGAACGCAGGAUAUGUCAGGGUACACUUCGGUCUACCCACCACCAAGGCAUAACAGUGUCAGUGGUGGAUCUGGUGUUGAUCGUAGUAGUAUCAGUGGUGCAAGUGGAGCAGCGCGGAUGGGAAUGUAUGGGUUGACGUUGAGUGCGAGCGGGAUGGUCGGAGGCGCUACAGGGGUGGAUCAGAUGCUCCUUGCUGCGAGAAGAGGUAGUCAUGCAGUAUUGAGGACUUCGGAAUCGAGUCCAUCGCUGGCUUCGCAGAUCGCGGCCAACCCGAUGCAGCUCCAGAACCCCUUCUCGCAACAGCUUCCACAGCAGCAGCAGGUUCCGACCACCCUAGAACCUGCCAAGUUGAUGGGCGCAGCGGGCUCCAACGUCGGUCUAGAAAUCGGCUUGAUGCCUCCUGUAGCCAGCACGCCUCGCUCCGCACCCGCAGAUGCAUCCCGAGAGCACCUCGCAUUGCAGCAAACACGAAUGCGACAACUUCAACAACAGCGACCCCAACUUCCUCAGAUGCAAAACGUUGCCGUCAAACGGCAACAAGCCGCAGUUUCCGCCGCUGCCAAACAAGGCACGGUCACAACACGCAAGAUGCCCAGCAACCUUUCUGCACCUCUAAGCCCGCCUAGGUCACCAGCAAAGAUGAAGUCGACCCCCCACCUAUACAGUCCUCUGGCGGGCAGUAGUGGUAUCGGUCUGCCUCCUUCGCCAGGUAAAUCUAUGCUGCGCAAGAUUGCAUCGAACAGACGUAUCACGACCUCAGGCGACAGCGGAUCGACAUUGAUGGCAAGUGGAAGCAGUGGAUCUUCUUCUGCUAGCUUUUCAAAUUCAGGUCAUGGGCUCAAGUCUAAAUCGAGCAACAUCGGAUCUCAAGGCUUCACCCUCGAACUCACCACUACAGCGUCGCCAAAUCGCGCAAGAACGAUCUCUCAUCAAAGCGCCUCUUCUUCUCGCUCUCACUCUUCCCUUAGCAAGUCCAAAUCUCCCACUCCCUCAGCCCUUGCGUCCGGCAGCGGCAACGGCGGAUUCUCCUCGCUCUCCUUCGUCAACUAUGGUAUGGACGAUGCAGAUGAGAUCUGUUCAGCAGUCGCUCCUAGCGGAAGCUACAAAGUGCCUCUGCGCGGAUUUGGUGCUUCUUCGGGUGAAGAUGACGACUUUGAUGAUGAAGCAAGCUCCAUCCGCACCAGAACAAUGAGCAAUAUUACGGGGACAACGGCAGGGAUGAUGGGUUCGGACGAAGAGAAGGACAGUCCGGGGUCGAGUACAACGGUCAUGCCUGGAAGCCCGACGAAGAAGGUUAGAAAGAACUCGAGCCGGCCGAAUCUGCUAAUGGCAAGCGGGAGCAGCGGGGGUAGUUCAUUGAAGAGUAAGAGGAGUGUGGCGAAUUUGGGUGGAAGCAGUAGAGGUUGGGAUCUGAUGGGGAUGGGAAGGUCUCCUAGGAAGGCGAAAUCGACUAUUCUUAGUCCUGUGUCUAGCGCUGGUAGUGGGGAGUAG